AUGCCAGACAAGCUAUUUAUAGAAGGUUCUCUGGAACUCGACGAUUUUGUGCCUAUUGGAUGGCAAUUGAGUGACGCUUUGGCCUUUUUGUCCGGAAAGAAAAUCAUUCAUCGAGAUGUCGCUGCGAGAAAUGUUUUGGUAACAAAAAGAAAAAUGGUUAAGUUAUCCGAUUUUGGCCUUUGUUGUUAUGCUAAAGCAGAAGAAGAAUAUGAAUCAAAAGAGGGGAAAUUACCCCUAAAAUGGAUGGCUCCCGAAUCGAUAGAAUUCGGGAGAUUCUCUGAGAAAAGUGAUGUUUGGUCAUUCGGCGUUGUUUUGUGGGAAAUGUACUCUUUUGGGAAAUCUCCAUUCGAAUCAUUUUCUCAUCAAGAAAUUCUUUCAUUUUUGAAAAAUGGAAGUCGUUUGGAAAUACCCGAGUCGAGUCCGGAUUGGAUUAAAAAGAUUAUUGAAGAAUGCUGGUCAGAAGAGCUGAUGAAACGACCGGAAUUCUCCGGAAUAAAACGUGAAUUUUAUCGGCAAAUGGAAGCCAAUUCGACACGAUAUGGAUAUUUGCAUUUCAGUAAAAACUAUUAUCACGAAGAAGAAACGACAAAAGAUGAGGACAAUGUGAUC